UGCCUUUGCCUUGACUCAGAUGCAGAGCUUUCAGACCUAUUCAGGUAUAAUAAUUUCACCCCUUCAGAUCUGUGAUUGUCUCUUUAGUCUCCAUAGUAACAGUCCCAUAGCAACACGUACCACGUAUGCUCAGUACUCCGUUGCUCUCACCUGUCUGGCAUCAUCAGCUUUAUCACACACAGUCUUUCUCUCCUCUUCACUUCCUUCAGUCUGCAUGUGGUUGUUUGUUUCUAAGCGUGCCUUCAUGUGAGAUGUAAGUAAGCCAGAUCUUCUCCACCUGGGACCUUAUUUUCAGUCUCCACGGGGGCAAGCUGCAUCGCUGACGCUCAGAUCCUGAGAAAUAGAACAGGGUUUUUGGCUCUUGAGGCUUAAUUAGGUCUCCAAAGCAGAAACUCUUAAGGUGUUUAGCAGAGACCAAGAGCAGCAUGGGUUCCAGUUCUUCAUCCUUCCCUCCCAAAAAGAUUUACCUGGAUGUUGAUGGGAAGGUGCAGAAGGUGGUGUUUAGUCGGCACUGUAGUCCAUGUGACAUCAAGGAACUACUGUGUUCCUCAUCCAACCUUCCUAGGAACUCUGCCAUCAAGAUUGUGAAUCCAGAAGGUGCCUUGGUCUCUGUUGAUGCCACAAUGCCUACCAACUCUCCAAAUUUUCUAUACAAAGUUAUCCCACUGUCAACUGGUCAGUCAGAAGAGAGGGAGGACAUGUUUCAGAGUGUGUUGUCUCAGGUGGCUGAGCAGUUCACCAGAGCUUUUCACAUCAAUGAGCUGAAGACUGAGGUCACCAACAGGCUGGUAGCAUUGGAGAAGAGAGUGGAAAUGGAGGGCUUGAAAGUAGUCGAAAUUGAAAAGUGUAAAAAUGAUCUGAGGAAACUUCGAGAUGAGGUGACUUCAAGAGGUGGAAGCAGGGUAAACUGUUCAUGCAAAUACAACUUCUCAGAUGACGGGAAGAAGGUCACGCCUAGACGAGAUGUCCCCACUUACCCAAAGUACACACUUUCUCAGGAGACCAUUGAGGCACUGAAGAAGCCAACGUUUGAUGUUUGGCACUGGGAACACAAUGAGAUGUUAAGUUGUCUGGAGUUCAUGUACCAUGACCUAGGACUGGUAAAGGAAUUCAACAUGAAUCCCAUCAUACUCAAACGAUGGCUGCUCGCAAUACAGGAAAACUAUCGCAACAAUCCCUUCCACAACUUUCGUCACUCCUUCUGUGUUAGUCAGAUGAUGUAUGGCAUGAUUCAACUAUGCAACCUGCAGGGCAAGAUGACACUCACAGAUUUGGGAAUUUUAAUGACAGCUGCAGUGUGUCAUGACCUGGACCACCCCGGCUACAACAACACGUACCAAAUCAACGCUCGCACGGAGCUGGCGGUGCGCUACAACGACAUCUCCCCGCUGGAGAACCAUCAUUGUGCUGUGGCCUUUCAGAUCCUUUCGCUUCCUGAGUGCAACAUCUUCGCAAAUAUUGAUCCUGAGGCAUUCAAGAAGGUCCGACAGGCGAUUAUCACCCUUAUUCUGGCCACCGACAUGGCCCGGCACGGUGAGAUUCUUGAUGGCUUCAAGCAGAAAGUGGACCACUUUGAUUUUACCAAUGAGGAGCAUGUUUUGUGUCUGAAGAGGGUGUUGAUCAAGUGUUGCGAUAUUUCCAAUGAGGUGAGACCAACUGAGGUUGCUGAGCCGUGGGUGGACUGUUUACUGGAAGAGUACUUCAUGCAGAGUGACAGGGAGAAGUCAGAGGGUCUUCCAGUAGCUCCCUUCAUGGAUAGAGACAAAGUUACCAAACCCACAGCUCAGAUUGGAUUCAUCAAGUUUGUCCUCAUUCCCAUGUUUGAGACAGUCAUGAAGCUUUUCCCUCAGAUUGAAGAAAUCAUGGUUCAGCCUUUGAGAGACUCUAGGGAUCAUUAUGAGGAGCUGAAGCAGCUUGAAGACUCAAUGACAGAGGAGUCUUCUGUCAUAAACCGAUUGAGGAAAGACUUGAAAAGUGAAUGAAGCCCCAGUGAAGACAUCCAGUGCUGCAUUCUGAAGAUGACAGCUGAAGCAGGGGACCAAGAUAAAAGCGAGAUAGCUCUACAACACGCUGAACUAAAAUUAGGCAAUCUGGGACUUUGACUUUUACAGUGGAUGAUGAUAGGUGGCGCUGACCUUCCAUGCAUAUUUAUGGUGUGAAAGCACUGCUCUCUUUAUCUUUGCAUUUUUUUGUGAAAGAGUUGGAAGGAUGGCUUUCUCAGAACAGAAAGUAAUUUGUUUUAAUCUGUUAAAUAAAAUAGACCAAAGUGGCUCAUUUUAAAUUAAACCUGUAAAGUGUUGGUUGGUAUUGUGAAAUCAGUGUUUUUUCCAAGAAUUAUGCUGCUUCUUACUUUCAGCUUCUCUUCGUUACUUUUUAUUAUAAGUUGUUUUUAGCAUUCACUUUUUAGUGAAAUAAAGUGCAUACAGUGCACCAAAAACCUUGUGUGCUUUGUUUUGAUAUAAUGCAGAGCCGAGUCGGCCAGAGAUACAGUUUAGGCAAAUGUCACAACUGCUUAGGCAGUCUUGGGCCGGCCCUGCUGCAACCCAGAACAAAUUGCUCUAAUAUUUAAUUUAAUUCCACUCAAUUCAUUUUUUAUACCACACCAGUUCAUAACAAAAAAUAAUCUUAAGGCACUUUUCACUUACAUGCAGAACAAUUCAAUACAAAUGCAUUUGGUUUAAUCCGGUUCAUUUCAUUACAUUACAAUAGAGUUAUAUGCAAAAUUAUCCAUUUGCAGUUUUUACUCUGAUUCAUCUUAAGAAAGUACAGGGUGUAUGUGGAGCAAAGCAGCUGCCUUAUAACUGGAAAAAAUCUCCUGUAGAACCAGGCUCAUUAUGAGCAGCUAUCUGUCUCAUCCAGCCUUUAGUUAAAUGGACAGGAAAUUACAGACAAAAAGAAAAGCAAGGGACGAGAAGCGGCAAUUAAAUCCAAAUAAUAACUCAACGGAGAGCAGACAGACUAAAUAAAGCUGAAAAAAGCAAAGUUGUCCUAAAUAGCCCAAGGCACCUAAGCCUUGUCAAAAAAAGUUUAAGUCUAAUCCCAAAAAUAGACAGGAUGUCUGCCUCACAGAUAAAAACUGGGAACUGGCUUCACAGGAGAGGAGCCUGAGUUCAAGCUCAGCCUUCCAUUUUAGCAAGUAUAGGAACCACAAGUAAACUGGCAGUCAAGGAGUAAAGUGAUGUGCAGGAAAUAAUCAGAACUAUGAAGUCUUUAAGAUAAGAUUGAACUUGAUUAUUGAGACUUUACAUGUAAGAAGAAGAAUUUUGGCUUUCAUAUUUGACACAGAUCCAAUAACCAUAAAAUGGUGGAAAUAUUGUCUCUACCUUUGAUUCUCAUCAGAACUUGCUGCAGCAUUUUGGAUCAUUUGAAGGGGUUUGAAGUAGUUUUUAAACAUCACGAUUAUAAAGAAUAAAAUAGCCCAGCUUGGAGAGGACAAAUGGAUUGUCUUGUUUUCCUGCAUCACUUUCUGCACCUACUUUCGACAAAUCAAGCUGGAAGAGCGAGGUACUAGACACAUGUUCUGAAUGUAGUUACAUAUGUAGAUCAGUAUGACAGCUUGUCUUAUUUUACUCUGCGAUGUUCAUAAGUUGAGAACGUUCACCCAGAUGUCAACAUAAUUAAAGCAUCAUGAGUACUAGGAAUAAUGUGGAUGGUGUGUUUUCAUUUCUGUGAAAGCUGUCUCAUUACCUGAUGGGUUUCAUUAAACUGUUCCAAACUAAAUUCCUGAAUACACCUUUUCCCAAAGACAUCCCUACUUUUUCAAGUCACUACAGACCAAAGGUGCACUUCUUGGAACCCGCUCCA